GCCAAACCUUCCGCUGCUCAGCACAAGGCUCUUCCGGGCCGCCGUAGCUGAAGAAAAAAAAAACGGUUACCCAGCAACGAGAUAAAACAACUGGAACCAUCCGCACCAGCUUGAAGAGAAAGAAGAGGUACCAUAGGCAAUUCUUUCCAAGGAGAUGUCGAUUCCUUUCUCCAACACCCACUACCGAAUUCCACAAGGAUUUGGAAAUCUUCUUGAAGGGCUGACACGGGAGAUUCUGAGGGAGCAACCAGACAAUAUACCAGCUUUUGCCGCAGCGUAUUUUGAAAACCUUCUAGAAAAAAGAGAGAAGACCAGCUUUGAUCCAGCAGAAUGGGGGGCUAAGCUAGAGGACCGCUUCUAUAACAACCACGCAUUCAAGGACCAAGAACAAACUGAGAAAUGUGAACAAGAAAUGGCCAAGUCAUCAGGAAGAGAAGAAACACCAGUUACAGCCUUUGAGGAGUCUGCUGAGGAAGAAAGAGAAAAGGAAGAGUUCGCUGCUCUCAAAAUCCAGUCAGCCUUCCGGGGACAUGUAGCCAGAGAAGAGGUAAAGAAAAUGAAGUCAGACAAAGGCGACCAAGAGAAAGAAGAGGACAACGAGUGAGGACACUGGCUUUACCCCCAGGAAACAUGAGAAAGUCAUCAAAUCCAUCAGUGUUGCGAUUGUCAUUUUUUCUCAGUAAGGAAAUGUGAUGUUGUGGAAUAACAUUUGUUGCUGUUGUGAAAAUCUGUCAUGAGCAUUUGUUUAAUAAACAUGCCAUUGAAGCACA